AUGAGUAUUAAAGAGCAAGUAAUGAUAGUUUUUACAACAGGUGGGAAAAACGCGUCAAAUAGUGAUUGUAUGGAGGAUUACCAACAUUCCGAUGAGACAGUCUCUAGAUAUGUCCAUGUAGUUUGUGAAGCGAUAUUGGAGUUGAAGUUAGAUUUUAUCAAGCCACCUAACUUCAAUGAUGUUCCAUUAGAGAUAUUGACCAACCCAAACUAUUACCCAUUCUUUAAGUCUUCACAUAUUAUUAAAAUGCAAUUUUGUCAACAAGACUGUAUUGGAGCAAUUGACGAUACACAUGUACAUGCGUGGGCACCAUCUGAGGUAGUCGAUACGUACGGAAAUCGUAAAGGGACAUUGUCGCAGAAUGUGAUGGUCGUCUGUGACUUCAAUAUGUUGUUCAUAUACGUCAUCACCGGUUGGGAAGGAUCUGCCCAUGACACACGAAUUUUAAAUUCAAUUCUAGAUAAUCAUGAUUCGGGUUUCCCACAUCCUCCUCCAGGCAAAUAUUACUUAGUAGACGCGAGUUAUGUGAACAAAGGUGGGUUCCUCGCCCCACAUAGACGGUUUCCUUACCAUGUUCCCGAUGUGCGUCGUAACCUUUCUCGACCCCUACAGUUGUUUAAUUACAGACAUGCAUCGUUUUGGAAUGUUGUGGAGAGGACCUUUGGUGUUUUGAAAAAAAGGUUCUACAUUCUUGAUGGCAUGAACAAUUACCCGUUGGAGAAGCAAGCUAAAAUUGCUAUGGCAUUUUGUGUAAUUCAUAAUUUUAUCAGGAGGUUCAAUAAGAACGAUCCUAUCUUCCAAAAGAUUAAUGCUGAUGGAGUUUAUGAGGAAGGGAAUGGGGCGGGUUCGAAUCAACUAACUCAGCGUAAUAUAGACGACAUGGGAACUUUGAGGGAUAACAUAACUAGUGCUACGUGGGCAGAACAUGAGUCCAUCUCAUAA